ACGCGGCUACGGCCACGAUGGCGUUCUUCCGGCGUGGAUCCUCUCUUUCCGGUUUUCUUUGUGGUUGGAGGAACGGCUGAGUCCGCUUGCCGCGGGGCUGGCGUGUGCGGCUGAGUCGUGGUCGUGCCUGUCACUGGCGGGAAGGAGGACCUGGCUGCAGCUUGCCCGCUGGAUAGGCUGUAGCCAUGUCCCGGAAGGAAAACAAGUCCUUGAAGGAAGAUACAUAUGCUCCUAGUGAAAGUGAUCAGAAGGCUGAGGAUGCUGAGCCAGCAGAUACUGAUGGUGUGGAAGCAGAACCAGCACCCAUGACACGGAAAAGACCUGAAUCAAAACCAUCCGAGCCUUCUGUUGCACAAGAGGCAUUAAUGCAGAAAGUGCAGGGCCCUAGUUCUACUGAGGAAUCACAGACAAGAUGGGGGUAUUGGGGGAACUGGGGCAAGUCUUUACUGUCAACUGCUUCUGCUACAGUGGCUACAGUAGGCCAUGGAAUCUCAAAUGUCAUUGAAAAAACAGAGACAUCUCUUGGGAUCCCCAGUCCUAGUGAAUUGUCCUCUGAGGCCAAAGAUGUUACAGAAGAAUGCCAGAUCUCUGCCAAUGACAGCAAAAGAGAUGCAGAAAAUCCUUUGCCAUCCAUUACUGGUGCUUUUGGAAUGUUUUCUACCAUCUCUGCUGCCGUUCAGAACACAGGAAAGACUGUUAUUAGUGGGAGUCUGGAUGCAUUAGAAUUCAUUGGUAAGAAGACUAUGGAUGUGAUAGCUGAAGGUGACCCUGGAUUUAAGAAGACAAAAGGCCUGAUGAACAGGAAUUCCACGCUUUCUCAGAUCUUGCGAGAAGCAAAGGAGAAGGAAGAACAGAGGACAGCUACUGAGGUUUCCAUGGCUACAGAGAAGAGAGCCCAUUAUGGGCUACUCUUUGAUGAGUUUCAAGGUCUUGCUCAUUUGGAAGCCUUAGAGAUGCUUUCCAGAGAGAGUGAAUCAAAGGUGAAGUCUGUUAUUGGCACACUCUCUGGAGCAGAGUUAGAUGCUUUAAAGGCAGAGCUGGAGCAGCUCAAAGAAGCUUUUUCAUUAGCUGAAUUUUAUGAUGAUGAAGAGGAAGAAAAGGAAGAAUAUGAAGACUUCACACGGGAGAUAAGGGGUCUUUUUUCACAACUCUAUGUCUCAACAAAGCCAGACAAACUGAUUCAAGCAAGGAAUUCUGCUUGUGAAUUAACCAAAAACCACACUGAUCAAACUGCAAAGGAAGAAAGACAGAAGGAAGAAGACCUGCAGGUGGGCUUGGGAGAUGCAGAACUAGAAGAGAAAAUAUCAGUAGAGGACGUUCACACAUCUGCAAUCAGAAGUCUGGCUGAAUUGACAGCCUGCUCCAUUGAAGUGUUCCACAAAACUGCAGCAUUGGUUCUGCAUGGCCAGGAACAAGAAGUUUUAGCCGUAGACCGAGCCAAAGCCCUCUCGCAAAUGACUAUUGUGCUGUGCAGAGAACUUUCAUCUUUGUCUAAGAACUUUGCUACACGCUUAACAGCUGCAGGGGUGGAAGAGAAGGCAGAUGUCCUUAACCCUUUAAUCACUGGAGUGUUUUUAGAGGCUUCUAACAGUGCUUCCUAUAUCCAAGAUGCCUUCCAACUGCUCUUGCCAGUUCUGCAGAUCUCUCACAUCCAAGCCCAGACAGAGUUAACUCAGCAAUAAAAUGAAUCAGACUGCACUUGAGAUGAAUCCUGCUGUAUCUGCAUGAUGGAUCCUGGAUUCAACGACGGGAUAGGCGCGUGCAAUAAAAGACAGAUGCGUUAGUGUCUGGUACUUCACCAGCCAGUGAUAAUGUGCUGAGUGGUCCUGCCUGAGGAAUGUGAGUUAGUAAGGGGGAGGGGGGAGGGAGAGAGGCAGGUUAGCAGAGUUCAAAGGGUGGGUGUUCUGGGUAGUGGUCAUUCCAUUCCUGGUUCUUUGUGCUUUGAUGACAAAGUAUAAUGUUAACCUCAUAACAAUGAAAUUGUUGAAUCUAAAAAGAGACAGAGUGGUAUAACUGGGUGGAUGAAACCUGACCCUAGAAGAAUUAUUGGAAUGAAAUGUCAAGGGUUUGCAUAUAUAUUUUGAAUAGAUUCCACAAGUUAAAUGUCUACCAGUCCCAGUAAAUCCACUGCACAAACAGGAUUGGAUCUGGUGAUCCAUCAGGAGAAGGCACUGGUAGUAAUGUCUCUUUCCCAUGCCCCCCUCUGACCUGGGAAAGUUGAUUCCCUGGACUGUCGAAGUUGUCAGGAGCAUGUGGGGGGGGGGUGCAGUAAGGAGGGGAGCAUUGGGAAGAUCCAUGAUACUUGCAUUCAUGGAUCUUUGGAUACAUGUUGAUUUCUUAGGGACAAUUUCUUAGAAUGUAUUGUCAAAGGCUUUCACGGCCAGAGAACGAUGGUUGUUGUGGGUUUUCCGGGCUGUAUUGCCGUGGUCUUGGCAUUGUAGUUCCUGACGUUUCGCCAGCAGCUGCGGCUGG